UCAGGUGCUGCCAACAUGAUCUUAAUCUACAUUCUCUGUUUUUCUACCAUCAUUAUUGCUACAGGUUCGUCUUCUGUCAUGUCCUGUUUCUCUAUUGGCCCCCAGAUUCCUUUGGUGGAGUUUUAUUCCAACGUCACAGCAUACUGUGUGUUGAAUCAAACAUGUUUGCUGGAAAUGAACAGCAAUAUCAUGAGUGAUGAAUUGUACUGGGAGGUGAACGGUCAAAGUAUCCCAAAGAGCCAAUAUAGUGCCAUCAAUGAGACAACUUCCAGAGUGACCUUCCAGCCUACCUUGACCUCGGCGAAUAUGCUCACUUGCAGUACCGAUCUACACGGACAGAUUAAAACAACUCUAAUUGGAAUGUUCAUUAGCAAAGGCUUUCCUCCGGAAAAGCCUAAGAACCUGUCAUGCAUAUGUUACAAUAAGGAUAAAUUGACAUGCACUUGGAGCCCAGGGAGAGCAACCGUAAUCCCUACCACGUACACCCUGAAACAGUCAUGGAAAGAAGAGAAACGGCCUGAUUGUGUAUCAGAAGGAAGUGACAAUUGCACAUUGUACUUUCCUAAUUUUCAUGUGUUUAUUGACACCACGUUCCAGGUGGUGGCCAAAAAUGAGCUUGGGACUGCUGAAUCCGAUGAACUCAGACUCGAUGUUGUUGACAUAUUGAAGCCCAAUCCCCCUGAAAUUGUUAAUGUGUUCUCCUUGGCGCAGCUACAGAGAGCUCUGAAGAUUGAGUGGACCAAUCCACUCUCAGAAAAUUUAUUUCCUAUGAAAUACAAUCUCCGAUACCGGAAGAAAGACAGCACAGAGUGGGCGCAGGUACCUCCAAAUGACAUUGAUAAACCCCGAAAUUCAUACACACUGCAGGAUCUGCAGCCUUAUACAAACUAUCUCCUUUCCCUGCGCUGUAAGCGCCAGAACGAUAAAGGAUACUGGAGUGACUGGAGUAAGGAAUAUGCAGCCAUUACCCCAGAGUCUGUCUGGAGGAAGAUUGGUGAUUCAGAUGGUGAUGGAAACCGGACUGUUUGGUUAAUGUGGAAGGAUUUGGAGUCUUACGCUAAUGGAAAAAUAUUGGGAUACAACCUAACUAUUAAAACAGCCAAAGAAUUAAUUGAUGCUUUCUCUAUAAAUGAUACACGGUGCAAUGUCACUGUCCGAAAGGAUGCUGUUCAAGUUAUAAUCAUUGCCUACAACAGCUAUGGUGUCUCUCCUUCCUCUAGUCUGGUUAUACCAUCUGCCAGAAACACAGUGACCCUUUCUUCUGAAAUUGAUGUAAAGGCGUUUCCUAAAGACGGAAAGCUUUGGGUAGAGUGGUCCGCACCGACUAAACCUUUUGUGGGUUAUGUAAUAGAAUGGUGUGCAAACCCAGAUUCUGAGGGCUGUAAAAUGGAAUGGCAACGAGAGCCAAGUACUGUCAAUGGGACAUUCCUGAGAGGUGACCUGAAGCCAUUUGUAUAUUAUAUGAUCAAAGUUUAUCCCCUAUAUAAAGAUGGCCUUGAAAGACCAAGAUAUGUGGCGGCUUAUCUCCAGCAAGGCACUCCCGAGGAAGGACCUACUGUUCGCUACAAGUCAGUGGAGAAGACGAGAGCAGUCAUUGUGUGGGAGCCGGUUCCAUUAGAGAAACAAUAUGGUUUCAUCACUAAAUACACACUGAAAUAUGAAGCCAAAAACGGCCCAGAGAAAACUGUCACACUAAAUGCCACUCAGACGGAGUAUACGAUGACUUCCCUAACCAGUAACACGGUAUAUAGCGUCAGUGUGAAGGCCAACACUGAGAUUGGAGGGAAGGAAGGCUUACCGUUCACGUUUUCCACCAAUAGGUUUGACACUGGAGAGGUUGAAGCAAUCGUGGUUUCGUCUUGUAUUGGUUUUCUGCUACUUGUGCUUGUUGUUGGAGUCCUGCUUUGUAACAAGAGAGAUUUCAUUAAGAAACACAUUUGGCCCAAUGUUCCAGAUCCCUCAAAAAGUAACAUCGCGCAAUGGUCUCCCCAAACUCCAACCAGGCAUGAACCAAAAGGCCAUCCCUUCCAGGACGGUAGUUUUACUGACGUCAGUGUGGUGGAGAUAACCGCCGAUGAGAAGUCUUCAUACAAUAAGCAGGACCUGAAGUCCGUGGAUGUGAUAAAGAAGAACACAUCGGAGGGCCUUAGUAGUGGUAUUGGAGGCUCUUCCUGUCUGUCUUCCCUGCAGUUGAGUAUUUCAGACACAGACGAGGUUGAAUCGGGUCAGAAUACAUCUAGUACUGUCCAGUACUCUACAGUCAUUAUCAGCGGUUACAGGGGACAACAGCCAACUGCUGCCACCCUACCAACUUUCUCUAGGUCUGAGUCAACUCAGCCACUGCUCGAGUCUGAAGAGAGGCCAGAUGAGCAGCAGGUCUUGGAAAUACCAAACCAGUAUUUUAAACAAAACUGCACUCAGGAGGAUUCCACAGGCCGGCUACAGGCCCUGCAGCAGGAAAACCUUUCUUCUCCUAUACAGGAGUUGGGUCAGAGCCAGCAUCUAGCUGGGCUUGGCCAUGAAAUGGACCUCGGAGGUUUUAAUGCUGAGCAGAAUGUGAGUUUUGAAAGUGAACCAUCAGCGAUGAACAUUGAGAGCACGGAGAUAAAGAGCUAUUUACCACAAACUGUGCGGCGAGGCGGCUACUUGCCCCAGUAGACUUAUGGCAGAAUUUUAACUUUAUUAUUAAACCCACCCAAAUGAACAUAUGAAGGAGACUAAGCUAGGCCUGGUGCAUGACUGCUUCACCUUUAAACCCGUUAUUACCAAAGAGAUCGUUGCCGUACAUUUAAUGUUCUGAUUCAGCAUGAGUUAUCAUUUCUGUUUCCUGGA